UGCUGGUAACGGAUUGCCUUCAAUAAGAGCAGUUAGCAGCGCUGCUUAUAGCACGACGGUGUGGGGCACGCUGUUACACUGGAAUAUGCGCAAUAACCGAAGAGAAACGUGGACAAAGCAGCCAAUAACGGACGUGAAACUGCGCCCAUGUGUAAUUCAGUGAAGAGAUGACAUUGUUGAUUGUGGAGGUAACCAGCUGCCUGAUUGGGUGGGUAGUGCUAUAUGCCUCUCUCUGUUACCUGAAUAGUCACCGUGGCUACGAAUGGAACUGUCGCCUUGUGACACUGUUUCACGGCAUCCUCAUCGUCUGUGUGACAGCAUACAUUGGCUUCAUUGAUGGACCCUGGCCUUUUACACAUCCAGGCACGGAAAAUACCCCGCUGCAGGUCACAGCCCUGGCGCUCAGCCUGGGCUACUUCAUGUUCGACAUGGGCUGGUGCGUUUAUUUCCGCACGGAGGGCUCCAUCAUGUUGGCGCACCACACCCUGAGCAUCCUGGGGAUCGUGCUGGCGCUGGCACUGGGCGAGUCGGGCAUCGAGACGUGCGCUGUGCUCUUCGGCAGUGAGAUCACCAACCCGCUGCUGCAAGCACGCUGGUUCCUGCGCAAGGUGGGCCGCUACCACAGCCUGGCGGGUGAUGUCGUUGACCUGCUCUUCGUGCUGUUGUUUGCCAGUGUGCGCAUCGGGGUGGGUGGCAGAAUGCUGUACUGCGAGCUUACCUCCCCCCGGCCCUCACUGCUCAUGAAGGGUGGCGGGGUUGCCAUGUAUGGCCUCUCCUGGGUCUUCAUGGUGGACAUAACCCGCUUUGCCUGCCGCAAGAGCGGCGCCAAGUUCCGCUGCUGGCAGGAGGCCCGCAAAGCCGUUGAGGUGAACGGGAAGUCUGAGAAGGCCAGCUGAAAUGCUCA